GUUCGUUUUACAUAAAUGGUUAUAGAAUUUUUUAUAGAUGUCCAAAAGCUUUGAAAUUUUGCAUAUUUAUUCAUUUGAGUGUUUCCUAAUAGAGCCCAAAAUUUGAGAAUUUUUGGUUCGGUAUUCAGGGAGUUGUGGUCGAAAACACCGAAAAUCUGAAAACCAUCGGGGUUCGAGCCCUCUCGUGCAUAUGUAAUUGUAAUAUCGAUUGUAAUAUAUCAUUCGAAAGCUCUUAAAAAUCUCUAUCAGGGGGGCCUAUGUGCCGAAUUUUUCAUACACGGGAAUGUCGAUUUUCAGAAAUGUCAAAAUGUCGAAUUCCGGGUUAGACACAAGUUACAGAAUUUAUUCUUCGUAUUUAGUCAUAAAUCAUAUAUGUUAUGUACAAAACCGUUUAGAUCAUCAAUAUCGGAUGAUUUUACGCAAAGUUAGAAAAAACACUUUUUUGGGGGGAUGUGUAACAUAG